CCGAAGUUAAUCUUAGGGUCAAACGUUCUCAGCUCCCACGGGAGAGGCUAGCAAAGCGAAGAUUGCAGGUCUGACCUGAAUAUUCUGGGCCACCGUGGGGGCCGGUGACCACUGUCUUUCUUGCCACUCUUUCUCUCCUCUCAAGUUCCCGAAUUUCCAUCUCCAUCUCCGACCCACUGGGGACUGACCAGGGACUGGGAAGAGCGCGAAAGGUAUAAAGGGGAGAAGAGACUGCGCCUUUUGGUGCCCGGGUGAAAGGUGCCAAACAACCGCAUCGCUCUGAGUGGCCCUACCUGGGAGGUGAGGAGCCCGGGGCACGACGCUCGGUGUUCUCAGAGGCAGACUCUGAGGCACGUAUUUUAGAUCGUCCAGUGGUGCUAUUGUCUCUUUUAUCUUAGAGUCCGCCGGGGGCUGUCUCCGCGAUGACAGCCCACGCUCCCUUUUCCGCCCUCAUGAACUUGCUCUCCACAGACCACGGAUCUGCUUGAGUGCCCACGGAUCCUGUGCAAUUGGACUUGAGUGUCCUUUAACAGGCUUUGGCCAUCAGAACACCCAAACCACAAAAACUUCGAGAAAUCAACCGCUCACUCUGAGGCUCGCUGUAGAAGAGUGGCUUCGACUCUCCCACUUCGGAGACACAGUUGGUCACCAACCCGCUUGCUACAGGCCCCAAGUGGUUGAGGGCACAGCUUCUACAUUAGUCGCUUCCUUGCCCCAGCCUUUCGAGCCUCAGGUCUACUUUGGGGAUGUGGCUUAGGCAGAAGCCACCUAGAAAUCCUGCACUGUUUGAGUGUGACACCGCUGCGGGCUACAGCAGACAGGCGUGCCAGGCUUCUAGUCCAGAUACCCACCCCCACCCCAGUAAAUCUCUAGUGUUGAGGGAAGCAAGGCUUGCAGGAAGCCGCUCCGGAUGUUUGCUUCUUUACUUGUGGCAUUUGUGGCUGGCUUUGAUAACGUCCCGAGCUCGGCUUCCAACACCCAUUUAGUGAAGAAACUGAAAUAUGGCCCACUCACACUGCUGUUGGGUCUGAAGUGCGGUUGGCCCCAACACUCCUCCCAAAGUAUCUAUCAAGAGAAUGGUCACCAGAAGUUAGAUCUAGUUUUCAGAGAAAUCAACCAAGACAGGGAAGACAGAGAAAAUGCAUUCUGGACCCGCUACUGAUUUCAAUCGUCAUUUCAAAUAAAACCCGUAGUUUAUUAAAAAAAAAAAAAAAACACGGAAAGAGAAAAUUCGGCUCUGAGAUCUUUGAAAAGAUGUCCAUUACUAGAUACAAAAGAGAAGAAUCACUGUGUAGGUGAGGGACUGCGUCCCUGCUUCUGAGAGGCAGGAGAGCUACAUGGGGAGACUGUCUCAAAACUAACAACAGAAGAGAUAGAUUUUUUUUUUCUUAAAGAGCACCUGACUAGAGAAUCGAUUUGUAAAAUUGCUAUUUCUACCCUUAUAGUUUCCUUGAUUAAACAUCUGAAAUGCAUUUUUUUGUUUUACUUUCAAGCCAAUGUUUUUCAGAAAAAAUAAAAAGCUUUGAGGAAAAGCCCAUUAUCAGUUAGAUUUAAGACCAAUUGCUUUUAAAUUACCAAUUUAAAAUACCAUUUUUUUGAUUUCUUAAAGCAGAUUCAAUUUUACCCCCUUUGUGUGAAUCUUACAGACCUGGAGUUUUAACUACUAUCGCACAACCUCCAGCUUAAAUGGGAGGGAGGGUCACCACUGCUUUAUAACAUAACAAAUUAGAGAAAAGCUGGCUCUGUAUGAGUUCUUUGGAGACAAAGUAGUUCCAGAAACUGCAGACCAGGAGCUCUCAAAAGCUCUGUGCUUUUUUGAAACCUCCAGUCAGCCAGAUUUGGUCUCUGAAAUAACACAGGAAAACCUCAGCAUGUCACCUCAAGGAUACAAAUAAGUAAGACUUUUCAAUCAGCGAUUCACAGUGAAGAAAGUCUGCUUUGGAAACUGACAUGGCAAAUCCUGGAAGGCGUUGACCUUGGCAGAGAAGCGGCCCUUCGUGGAAGAGGCCGAGCGGCUGCGCGUGCAGCAUAUGCAGGACCACCCCAACUACAAGUACCGGCCGCGGCGGCGCAAGCAGGUGAAGCGCAUGAAGCGGGUGGAGGGAGGCUUCCUGCACGCUCUCGUCGAGCCCCAGGCCGGCGCACUUGGUCCCGAGGGCGCCCGAGUGGCCAUGGAUGGCCUGGCUCUGCCUUUCCCGGAGCCGGGCUAUCCGGCCGGUCCUCCGCUGAUGUCUCCGCACAUGGGCCCCCACUACCGGGACUGCCAGGGACUGGGCGCGCCCGCUCUCGACGGCUACCCUCUGCCCACUCCGGACACAUCCCCGCUGGAUGGCGUGGAGCAGGACUCGGCUUUCUUUGCAGCCCCGCUGCCAGGGGACUGCCAGGCGGCCGGCACCUACACUUACGCUCCAGUCUCGGACUAUGCAGUGUCCGUAGAGCCGCCCGUUGGCCCCAUGCGAGUGGGGCCGGACCCCUCGGGCCCUGCGAUGCCGGGGAUCCUGGCGCCCCCCAGCGCUCUGCACCUGUACUACGGCGCGAUGGGCUCGCCCGCCGCAAAUGCCGGACGCGGUUUCCACGCGCAACCCCAGCAGCCGCUGCAACCGCAGGCACCGCCGCCGCCACCGCAGCAGCAGCACCCAGCGCACGGCCCCGGGCAACCUUCGCCCCCUCCCGAGGCUCUGCCCUGCCGGGAUGGCGCGGAAUCCAACCAGCCCACUGAGCUCCUAGGGGAGGUGGACCGCACGGAAUUCGAACAGUAUCUGCCCUUUGUGUAUAAGCCCGAGAUGGGUCUUCCCUACCAGGGACACGACUGCGGAGUGAACCUCUCAGACAGCCACGGAGCCAUUUCCUCCGUGGUGUCAGACGCUAGCUCAGCGGUCUACUACUGCAACUACCCCGACAUUUGACGGUUGCCGACCCGACCUGAGGGCCAGAAGCAGUGUUACACACUUCCUGGAAGCGCUAAGGAAAUCCUUAGCGUCAAGCUGUUUUGUUUUUAAGUUGCCUUGGCAUAUAAUUUAUGGUAAUUUAUUGUCUGCCACUUGAACAGUUGAGGGGCUACACGAGAUUUUUGUUUUAAAUUCCUUGAGGGACUUGCUCCCCACAAUCACUGUCCAGUUUUAGCCAGUUUUGAAAUAUCUCACUGACUUAUUCCAUUUCUUGAAAGUGUAUUGAUCUAGAGAAAUUUUGUCAUGCGUGUUUUCUCAAUCUUAAAUAAAUCCUGGAAUCUUUUUAAAAUCGAUCGCAUCGGUUUUUACCAAAUUAAAGAUCAACAGUAAGUAUUAUACAAUUAGAACUGUAUAUUAAUUGUAAAAUUUCCAUUUUUCUUACAAUGGUAAGAAAAUGCAUCUAAGAAACCCUAAACACAAACAGAGGGGUGUUCAAAUGUGAUAUAAUUGUUCUGAGAAAAAUUCUCAAAGAAUGAACUUGCUAUGUACAUUCCAAAUAUUGGUUUCUAAAAAUGAUACUGUAAAUGUUUUUAAUUCUGUACACUUUAAUGAGGCUGUUCAAAAAUUUCGGAUUUUCAGUCAUCUCGACACCUGUCAAAAGAGCUUUUCAGAUAUAACUCUUUCUUGUUUGUCUUUUCUUCCAAAAGUCUUGAUCCCACUUCCCACAAAAUUUGCCUUAAUUCCCACAUUUUUAGAGUCAGAGAAACUAAUCAAAAUAAAGUUUGUGUUGUGACUGUUAGUGAACUUUAAUAUGUAAUUUCAACCGUGCAUCUUGCUAUAGCUAGCAAGUGUAGGCGAUUGUGUUCCCUCAUUUUGCAGUUUUCAGGCUCAAGAUUCUCCUAGAGUGAUUUGUGUGUGGUGUGCUUUACACAGGUGAAGACACCAACCAGCAUCCAUCCUAUUGGGAAGAAACAGGUACAAGGCUUAGCCCCUGCAAAUAUGCGGUGCUGACUGCUGCGCUCCACAUGACCAUCAUAGGAACUGCUGGCUUGUGGGC